GUAGUUAUCUUUUUUUUCCUCCGCUGUAGCUACAGCGCCUGCGAUUGGAGGCAUCGCCUCUCUACACCUCCUCUCCGUUCUCCGUCUCUCUCGCCCUGGGCAUCUUGAUCGAGUGUUUUGAUCUUUUUCUUGUUCGUGAUCGUUUUCAGGAGGAGUUUGUGCGAUUGUAGUCGCUGAUCCGGGACCAAAGGUGAAAGAAGUUUGUUGAUCAGGGUAUUGGUGUCUUGGUUUGAGAACCCUAGAUCUGGGGGUUAGGGCACCAGGAGGUGAAUUGGAUCAGUUUGGCUUGGCGACGGCAAGAUGUUCUGGCGCAUGACUGGAUUGUCUACGACCUCCCCUGUGGACUCGAUAUUGGACAAGGAAAAUUACAGUCUCGAGGAGCUUCUUGAUGAGGAUGAAAUUAUUCAAGAAUGCAAAGCGCUGAAUACGCGUCUUAUUAAUUUCUUGCGAGGUAGAGCUCAAGUCGAAGAACUGGUACGUUACAUUGUGGAAGAAGCUCCUCAGGAUGCAGAAAAGAAGCGGACUUUUAAGUUUCCUUUUAUUGCGUGUGAACUAUUCACUUGUGAGGUUGAUAUUAUAUUGAGAACCUUAGUAGAGGAUGAUGAGCUGAUGAACUUGCUGUUCUCCUUUCUGAAUGCUGAUCAUUCGCAUAGUACUUUGUUGGCUGGUUACUUCAGCAAGGUUGUUAUAUGUCUGAUGUUACGGAAAACUGUUCCUCUCAUGAAUUAUGUUCAGGGCCACCAGGAGAUUUUACACCAAUUGGUCGAUCUAAUUGGUAUCACAUCCAUUAUGGAGGUACUAAUAAGGCUGAUUGGUGCUGAUGAGAGCAUGUAUUCCAACUAUUUGGAUGCAAUGCAGUGGCUGGAGGAUACAGAUGUGCUUGAGAUGAUUGUGGAUAAGUUUGGCUCCUCGGAUUCUCCUGAAGUGCACGCCAAUGCUGCAGAAAUCCUUUGUGCGAUAACUAGAUAUGCUCCGCCUGGGUUGUCAGCAAAGAUUUGCAGUCCAGGUUUCGUGGGAAGGUUGUUUCACCAUGCACUGGAAGUUUCAAGGCCACAAUCUGUUCUAGUUCAUUCAUUGGCUGUUUGUAUUUCCUUAUUGGAUCCCAAGAGAUUAUUAUCAGCUUCUAAUAAUUUAUUUAGAAGCAAUUUAAGUCAUGGAUCAUUGCCGACUGCUAGCCCAGAGACAAUUGAUGGCAUGCUGGGAAGUCUAGGUGACUUACUGAAGUUAUUGGAUGUUUCUUCUUCUGAAAGUACUAUACCUACAACAUAUGGAAAGCUGCAACCACCCCUUGGAAAACAUCGUUUGAAGAUAGUUGAGUUCGUCUCUGUUCUACUGACCAUUGGUAGUGAAGCUGCAGAAAAGGAACUUGUCCAACUAAGGGCCAUAAAACAUAUUCUUGAUUUGUUCUUUGAGUACCCAUAUAACAAUUUUUUGCAUUAUCAUGUUGAAAAUGUUAUUGUAUCUUGCUUAGAGAGUAAAGCCACCCUUCUUAUUGAACAUCUUCUACAUGAUUGUGACCUUGUUGGCAAAAUUCUUGCGGCAGACAAGAACCCUACACUGGCAUUAGAUAGUAAGCCAACUAUACCAGCAGAGGGAAGAGCACCUCCUAGGAUAGGUAACAUUGGGCACAUUACACGUAUAGCUAACAAAUUGGUUCAAUUGGGGAACAGCAACAUCACAAUACAGACAUAUCUACAGGAAAACGCUGAAUGGGUUGAUUGGCAUGCAAAUAUUCUACUCAACCGCAAUGCUGUGGAAAAUGUCUAUCAGUGGGCUUGUGGGCGACCAACUGCUCUUCAUGAUCGAGGCAGAGAGAGUGAUGAUGAAGAGUUCAGAGAUAGGGAUUAUGAUGUGGCUGCACUGGCUAAUAACUUGACCCAGGCAUUUCGAUACGGGAUUUACAGCGAUGAUGACAUUGAGGAGGCUCAUGGAUCACUUGAAAGGGAUGAUGAGGAUGCUUAUUUUGAUGAUGAAUCAGCUGAAGUCGUAAUUUCAUCUCUUCGUUUGGGUGACGAGCAGGAGAGUAGCUCUCUUUUUACAAAUUCAAACUGGUUUGCUUUCGAGGAUGACAGAACAAUCAAUGAUUCCUCAGCUGGUUCUCUUCCGUCAACCUCCCCGAGUUCAGAUGAGACUGAUGAGGUUGUUCUGGGUGAAAAUGAUGACCUUCUUGACACUGCAACAUCUUCAAAACCAACUGAUUCGGCAAUUGCUUCAGAGGAACCCAGCGAGCAGAUUUUGGGGAAUGGUCCUGCCCAGGUUUCAGACAAUGAAACUAGCUUCCCUCCUCAUCCAAGUGAAGGUGAUAAACCACCUGAGUGGGUUGAAUGGCGGGAGACGACAGAUUCUGGCGUACUGCCUGAUAGCAAUCCUUUUCAAAGUGUACCAAAUGGUGAACUCGGACCAGCUAAAGUUGAGCAAGCUGGUGAUUAUGUUGUUCUAGAUGAGUACAAAAAUGAUGAGAAUGGAGCUGGUUCUCGUGGAUUGACCGAGUCAUCAGAAGGGGUUAAAAGCAAUGGGCAGCCCACAGCUGAUGAAGUUGUGCAAGACAUCAAGCCAUCUGGUCCCAGGCUAUCUGUUGAGGAUGGGGAACAUGAUGAUAAAUCUAUAAACGGUGAGGGGAAGUGAAGAUCUUUGGGUAUGCGAAUUCUUGAAACCAACACCUGACAGAUGGUAGAUGGUUAGCCAUCCAGACGAUGAUGAUGAUGAUGAUGAUGAUGAUGAUGAUGAGCAUAGCCUUCGGAUUACUGUGUAAUUUUAGAGCCUUGUACAUCUAGAAGCAGUUUUUAUCUUAAUGGCUCAUAGUCUUGUUUGACCAUCUGUACAAAAAGGAGUGUGAUCCCUAACCUCUGAAGAAGGAUAUGGGCGUAUUUUCCUUUUGAAGUUCUUGUUUCUUUCAUUUUCAUGCAGAUUGAUUGGUGCUAAUAUCAUUGACAGGCAGUUCUAAGUAUUGGAAUUUUGUUCCCCUCCUGGCCUUUUACCCCCUGACCUUGUAAUAUUUGUGGAAUUGCUUGUUUGGUUGUAUCUGAAGCUAAUUUUGUUGUUAUUUUAAGACUGUAAAAAAUUUGAUUGAGCAUAAUUAUAAUGUAGCUAACUUUCA